ACGUAGCAAUGACGUAUAAUGUCGACGACAGUCGGUGUAUAUUGUCACAACCAGACCUGGUACUACAUAUUUAUUAUCCUCUCUAUAAAUACUCAGUAAUUUUUAUUAAAAUAGUGCUUUGGAAACGAAUUAUGUCUCCGUCACUGACCGAGAAACGACUCGCAUUAUGUUUCUUGGCCUGUUGAGCGGCAUUGGCAGCGGCCUCCUUCCUCAACAUCUGUCCGUCUGCCGGCUGGCCCUCGUCUGCCUCACAAGUCCUCGCUGGGUGUCCACGUACCCUGCCCUGAUGAUGGACCACGAGCCUCCUUCCAAACGCAGUAGGAGCGCGGAGGAGAAGAGGAGCGUCAAAGAUAGGGAUGCAAACAGAGGAGGAGGAGGAGGCCCCGGCUUAAGGGGGGUUUCUCGCCCGAGAGACACUAGCCGGCCUGGAAAAGUUUUGAGCGAAGAUUUUAAAAGCAAGCAUGUGGCAAGGACUAUGAGGGACAUGAGCGAGCGCAAAGACGCAGGCAAGCACACAAUGUCACAAAGCCGAGGGUCCAAAUCGGAUCUGCGCUGCGUAGACGAGAUGCUCGGAACGUCCUCCAGGGAUGCUGUCGGGGAGCCUCCUCCACCGGGAACCGAAUCACCUGACCUUCAAGCUCCAAUGCGAGGUUGGGAGUCGCUGCUGCCCAGAUGGUGGGAAGGGUCGCCAGCCUGCGCCACAGCAAUGGCGCCACACAGGGGUGGCAGAGCAUUGGACUUGUCGGUGAUGUCGUACAACAUCCUGUCGCAGGAGCUGCUGCGAGCUAACGGCUACUUGUACACUCACUGCCCGCCCGCCGCCUUGCGCUGGUCGCACCGGCUGCGCAAUCUACUGGCUGAACUGCGCCACUACGAUGCUGACGUGCUGUGCCUUCAGGAAGUUCAGGAGGACCACUUUGAAAAUCAGAUACGGCCGGCGCUACACGCACAAGGUUACGAGUGCGUGUACAAGAAGCGCACGGGCAAGAAGCCAGACGGCUGCGUCGUGGCCUUCAAGACCUCGCGCCUGUGCCUGCUUUCAUCCAACCCCGUCGAGUUCUUCCGGCCGGGCGACGCCCUCCUGGACCGCGACAACGUGGGAUUGGUGGUCCUGCUGCGGCCGGCGGGCGCCGGGGUGGAUGACGGCGACGUUUUGUGCGUGGCCAACACGCACCUUCUGUACAACCCGCGGCGGGGCGACGUCAAGCUGGCCCAGCUGGCCAUCCUAUUGGCCGAGAUUGGCCGUUUGGCCCGCCUCCCGAAUGGCGCCGCCCACCCCGUGCUUCUGUGCGGGGACUUCAACUCCACGCCGUGGAGUCCGCUCGUCACCUUCCUCCUCAAUGGACGACUUGACUACCGCCACCUUCCCAUCGGCACGGUGUCCGGUCAGGAGUAUGGCUCUCGCGGCCAGCGACUGUUGGAAAGUCCUAUCUGGUCUCCCGCUUUGGGCAUCAACCAGCGAUGCCAGUACGAGAGCACCUGCGCCUCCGUCACGCCCUCGCACUCCUGCGGUGCCGCCGCCGUUGAACGAGAAAUCUCCGAGCUGACUGUGCAAGAAGUCGCCCAACAAGCAGCCGCCCAACAAGGAUUCGCCCAACCAACAGUCGCCGAUAAAGCUUUGAACAGCAGUUGGCGUCUGGAGCAUGGUGUGCCGCUGCGCUCGUGCUACACGCCUUGCCUACCGCCGGACGGGCGAGCCGCCAUCACCACGUGCCACUCACGCUGCGCCAUGAUGGUGGACUACAUCCUGUACACGCCGUGCGAAUCGCUUCCCGGCGAGCGGGGCCUCCAGCUGCUGGACAGGCUGUUAUUGGUGGGCCAGCCCGAGUUGGAGGAAGUGAACGGCCUGCCCAAUGUGCGGCACUCAUCAGACCACCUCCCGCUGCUUGCUCACUUCCGAUGGAUGGUCGGCGAGCGCUCGUGAUGCCGACGUGCCAACAAAGGACUGUAGUUCAAAUGUUGUCAUUCUUAUUGUAUGUUGGAAUGCUGGUAUUUCGCAUUUUUGGGCUCGUUAGAACGCUAGAGGCGGGCCAUUGAAGAUCAAACCUUGAAUGCUGGGUAGCUUGCAUGCUAGCUACUUAGCAUCCUUCAUAUAGAAUAUAGAAGACUGAAUACAAAACCUUUGGAUUUUACCGACAAGCUGGAGGUGGCAAGUGGAAGUCUCAAACUAACAAAACAUUGGACACUUUCGACCAAACAAUGGAUACAUGAAGAUUAUGUGUGUGCAUAUAAAUAGAUAUAAUUUUUUUAAUUAUCAUCCGGCACCAAAAGGCAAAUCAAAUAAUUCUCUUAAUAAAAGGGCUACUGUUCUUAACACGA